AUGCGCCCAGACGGUCCCCGUGAUUUUGUUGUCGGCCCUGAGAGUGGCCCUGCGCCGCCGUUUCCCCUCAAGUUGAAUGGCGAAGUGGUCAAGGGAUUUGGCCGUGGCAGUAAAGAGCUCGGCAUCCCCACCGCCAACAUCCCCAUCUCAGGCCUCACAGUAGGUGGCCACGACGACAUCGAAUCCGGCGUCUACUACGGCUACGCCUCUCUCUCCUCCACCAACAAAGUCUACCCUCAAGUCAUGUCCAUCGGUUGGAACCCCUUUUACAAAAACUCCGUCCGCUCAGUCGAAGUCCACGUAUUGGAGAAAUUCGAGCAGGACUUUUACGGCAGUCAUAUGAAUUUGGUGAUUUUGGGCUUCAUCAGACCGGAAUAUGAUUAUGUUAGCAAGGAGAGUUUGAUUGAGGAUAUCGAGUUUGAUGUUCAGGUUGCGAGAAAUAGUUUGGAGAGGGAGGGGUAUGCUAAGUUCAAGGAGGAUCCUUAUUUGUUGGAGUUUGAGGGUAAGAGUGGUGUCGCUAGCUGA